AUGGAAAAUAAUUCAGAAGAAUAUGAUGCUUUAGCAGAGUAUAGAAAUAUUAAUAAAAAAAAAUAUGAAGAUAGAAUAAUGAAAGAAAAUGAAGAAUUAGAAAAAGAAAGAAUACAAGAAGAAAUGAAUGAAAAAAUUCAAAAUGAAUAUAAUUAUAAACAAUUACAAAUAGAAAAAGAUAGAGAAUAUUCUAUGCAAUAUUAUAAUGCAAUAAAUAACAUCAACCCAUCUAAUAAUAUACAAACUAAUUAUGGUUCUAUUGUAUUAAAUAAUUAUACAGAAAGAUUAAUAAAUCCUUCAAAUUACAGGUAUCAAGAAAAUGAUAUAACACAAAAUUUGUUAAAUAAUUCAGAACAACCAUCCUUUUUUAAUAGAAUAAGAUAUUCCUUUUUUUCAAAUAACAAUGUUCCGAUUUUCGGAUGCAGUAAAAUGCAACUAAUUUUUAAUAUUUGUCUUUUAUUUCUUAUCAUUUUUAUUAUUGUUAUCUUUGCUUGGGGUUAG